GAUGGAUUAAAAUAAAAGUAUUCCAGAAGAAAGGUAUUAGUUGGAGAUCUUUGUAAAAGCUAAGAAUCUGAAAGACAUGGAUACUUUCUCUAAAAGUGAUCCUUUUUGUAGACUUUUACAUACAAUUUAAGGAGAGAAAGAAAAGUGUGAAGGGGAUACAGAGUUUCAAAAGAACAAUCUGAAUCCUUGUUGGGAAAAGAGCUUUAUCAUAGAUUACAUCUUUGAAUUGAAUUAAAAGCUUGUUUUUCAGGUUUGGGAUAAGAACUAAUCCGCUGGAUCUGAUGAUUUAUUAAUGGGGGAAGUUGAGACAACAGUAGCAGAUAUAGUUGGAGCAAAAGAUAUGAAGUGUGAAUUUGAAUUGAAAAAUAAGAAAGGAUAAUGUGUUGGUACUUUGGUAGUAAAUAUUGACAAAUAGCCAGAAGAUAAUCAAUUUAUAUAGUUGAGUUGGAUAGGAAAAGAUCUGAUGAAGUAAGAAGAUAACUAUUUAUAAUUUAGUACAGAUGGUUUCUUUGGAAAGAGUGAUCCAUUCCUUAAAUUCUAUAAAAGAGUUGGAGAAGAUUGGUUACCUGUUCAUAAAACAGAGAUGAUAAAAGAUAAUUUAAAUCCUGAAUGGAAACCAUUUUAAAUAUCUUUUAAAAGAUUAUGUGGAAAUAAAUAGGAAGAGAAAUUUAAAGUUGAAUGUUGGGAUGUUCAUGAAAAAGGUACAAAUAAUCAAUUUAUGGGACAUUUUGAAACCUCAAUUCAUGAAAUAAUUAAUGAAAAUAAAAGUGAAUUUAAUUUAGAAUAUCAAGCAAAUAAGUCUGGAGGUAAGAUUAUUUUGAAAGAGAAAAAGGUAAUAAAGAGACCUACAUUUAUGGACUUUUUAAGAGAUGGAGAAUAAAUUAAUUUAAUAAUAGGUGUAGAUUAUACAGCUUAGAAUGGUAAUCCAAAUUUCCCAGAUUCAUUACAUGCUUUUAAAACUUAAAAUGGGAAUCAAUAUGAAACUGCUAUUAAAGCAUGUGCAUAAAUCUUGUUGAAUUAUGAUUAUGAUAAAAAAGUAGCAAUGUAUGGAUUUGGUGCUGUUCCUCAUUUACCUAAUUAUAAUGUUAAUGAAACUGAAUAAUGGUAUUCAUUUUAAUAAUAUAAUUAGUUUCCCAUUAACAGGAGAUUUUUAAAAACCAGAAGUAUAUGGUUUGGAAGGAUUAGUAAAUUUGUACAAAUAAACUUUGCCUAAUUUAUAAUUCUCUGGACCUGGAUGUUUAGGAGAAAUUUUAAAUUAUUCUAAACAAAUAGCUGAAUUUAAUGCUAAAAAGAAGAUCUAUACUGUUCUUUUAAUAUUGACAUGUGGAUAAAUACAUGAUUUACAUUAAACUACAGAAAUUAUAGCUUAAUGUAUAUAAAAUCAUAUUAUUAAAAAAUAGGUGCUAAUAUUCCAAUAUCAGUAAUAUUAGUUGGAGUUGGAGAUUUUGAUUUUAAAAAACUUGAAUUUUUAGAUUAAGAUUAGAAACAAUUAUAAAAAGAAGUAUUGACAAGGAAUGUUGUUUAAUUUGUUCCAUUUGCUCCUUUUUCUCAUAGUUUACCUAUUUUAUAAAGAGAAUUGCUUGCAGAACUUCCUCAUCAAUUGACAAACUAUAAAUCCCUUUUAGGUUUAGUACCAUCAAAAUGA